AUGUCUUCUCCAUUACCUCCACCGCCACCCCCUCCAACCAUCAUUGCCAAAACAAUCAUCCCAACACUCCCAAAUCCACCGAAGGUUCCCCCGAUACCCUCUCCUGGAUCUUCCCUAGUCAGUCUCCUAAUCUACAACGGACACCCCUUCAAAGACCACUGGGCAUACUUCGUUGGGUCUCAGAAACUUCCGAAUGUCGGGGUAAAGAUCCACGCCACGGGAAGCGUGAGCACUGGGUUCAUAUUCGAGAUUAAGCGCCGUCACGACGUGCGGGCCUCAGAAGACAUUCCGACGAAGAUUGUGCCACUGGCUUGGGUGGACGCGAGAUACUUUGAUGAGGAGCGGAUGCUUGGAUUGGAUGGAGUCGAGGGCGGUAGUAACCUGGAGGAGGUUAUUGACUACGAGCCUGUUUGUGAAUUUGAGAGGGCGUUGAGCAGGGUUCAGGUCCCUGAAAAGUCACUUGUUAGUGUUGGUAUGAGUACGAGCGAAGACGCCUCCAGAAGAAGAGUGGUCCAACGAGACUGCCAGACGUGGAUCGUAGAGUCUGCAGACCACCUUGUCCGAAAGGGGAUGUUCAAUAGAGAUGUGGCCGAGUACCUUCACGCCAUCCAACAAUGA